UGGGAUUCGCCGCGCCGGGAGGGGACGGGGGAGGCGACAAGCGUCGCUGACGGACCCCGGGGACCCCCUCGCCCUGCCCAAAUAUGGUGAGGGAGAGCGGGGCCUCCAGAUAAAGGGUCCGGGAGCCGGAUCCCGGCAGGGAGGAGCCCCCACCCCGGACGUGUCUUCUGGAUCUGGGAAGACCUCCACCCCGCCGCUUCUCCUGCCCUCCGAGGUCGCCGUGGCCUCCACCGCCGCCGAGAUGGGGGACCCGCUGCUGCUGAAGGAGGAGGGGAACCGACGCUUCCGGGCCGGAGACUACGAGGCCGCCGCGCGCAGCUACUCCAGGGCCCUGGAGCUGGGCCCGGACCGGCCGCUGCGGGCCGUCCUCUACCGCAACCGGGCCGCCUGCCACCUCGGACGGGAGAGCUACGACCGGGCCGCCGCCGACGCCUCCCAAGCCGUCGACUUGGACGCGUCGGACGUGAAGGCCCUGUUCCGGCGCUGCCGGGCCCUGGAGCAGCUGGGCCGCCUGGACCAGGCCUUCAAGGACGCGCAGCGCUGCGCCACGUUGCAACCGCGCAACGAAACCUUCCGGGAGACCCUCCGGCGCCUCAGCGCCGGCAUCCAGGCCAAGCUGCACGACCAGUUCUCCACGGACUCACGGGUGCGGACCAUGUUCGCCAUCCUGCUGGACGAGAACAGCGAGGCGGAGAAGCGUGAGAAGGCCGCCAACAACCUCAUCGUCCUGGGCCGGGAGGAGGCGGGGGCCGAGAUGAUCUUCCGGAACGACGGGGUCGGCCUGCUGCUGAAGCUGCUGGAGACCCGGCGGCCCGAGCUGGUCCUGGCCGCCGUGCGGACGCUGGCGGGCUUGUGCGGCGGGCACGGGGCUCGGGCCACCGCCGUCCUCCACGCCACGCGCCUGGACCGGCUGUGCGGCCUGCUGGCGGCCGACGACGAGGAGACGGCGCUGGCCACCCGCGCCCUCCUCCAGGCCGUCACCGACUCCCUGACCGGCGACGACAGGAAAGAGCCGCGGGGCAAGGAGGAGGCCCCGGUUUUGGACUCCAAGAAGGACCUGAGGCGGAUCACGGACCACCUCCUGGACAUGCUGGUCAGCGGGAAAGUGUCGGGCCACGGGAAGGACCAGGCCCUCAACCUCCUCAACAGAAACGUCCCGAGGAAGGACCUGGCCAUCCGGGACAACUCCCGCACCAUCUACGUGGUGGACCACGGCCUGAAGAAGAUCCUGAAGCUGGUGGGCCAGGUGCCCGAGCUUCCGUCCUGCCUGCCGCUGACCGACAACACCCGCGCGUUGGCCUCCCUCCUCCUCAGCAAGCUGUACGACGACCUGCGCUGCGACCCCGAGCGCGACGCCUUCCGGAAGAUCUGCGAAGAGUUCAUCACGGGCAGGUUCGACCCCCGGGACAUGGACAAGAACGUGAGCGCCGUCCAGACGGUGUCGGGCAUCCUGCAGGGCCCCUUCGACCUGGGCAACAAGCUGCUGGGCCUGAAGGGGGUGAUGGAGACGAUGGUGGCCCUGUGCGGGUCGGAGCGCGAGGUCGACCAGCUGGUGGCCGUGGAGGCCCUCAUCCACGCCUCCACCAAGCUCAGCCGCGCCACCUUCAUCAUCGCCAACGGCGUGGCCAUGCUCAAGGACCUCUACAAGACCACCGAGAACGAGAAGAUCAAGAUCCGGGCCCUGGUGGGUCUCUGCAAGCUGGGCUCGGCCGGGGGCACGGACUACGGCCUGCGUCAGUUCGCCGAGGGCUCCACGGAGAAGCUGGCCAAGCAGUGCCGCAGGUGGCUGUGCAACCCCGCCAUCGACACCCGCACCCGCAAGUGGGCCGUGGAGGGCAUGGCCUACCUGAGCCUGGACGCCGACGUGAAGGACGACUUCGUGCAGGACGGGCCGGCCCUGCGGGCCAUGUUCCAGCUGGCCAAGGAGAGCGACAAGACCAUCCUCUACUCGGUGGCCAGCACCCUGGUGAACUGCACCAACAGCUACGACGUGCAGGAGGUGGUGCCCGAGUUGGUGCAGCUGGCGAAGUUCUCCAAGCAGCACGUGCCCGAGGAGCACCCCAAGGACAAGAAGGACUUCGUGGAGCUGCGGGUGAAGCGGCUGCUGAAGGCGGGCGUCGUCUCCGCCCUGGCCUGCAUGGUGCGGGCGGACAGCGCCAUCCUCACCGACCAGACCAAGGAGCUGCUGGCCAGGGUGUUCCUGGCCCUGUGCGAUAACGCCCGAGACCGAGGCUCCAUCGUGGCCCAGGGGGGCGGCAAGGCCCUGGUCCCGCUGGCCCUGGAGGGCACCGGCGUGGGCAAGAUCAAGGCCGCCCACGCCCUGGCCAAGAUCGCGGCCAUCUCCAACCCCGACAUCGCCUUCCCGGGAGAGAGGGUGUACGAAGUCGUCCGGCCCCUGGUGCGCCUUCUGGACACGGAGCGCGACGGGCUGCAGAACUACGAGGCCCUUCUGGGCCUCACCAACCUGGCAGGGAGGAGCGACAAGCUGAGGCAGAAGAUCGUCAAGGAGAAGGCCCUGCCCGACAUCGAGAACUACAUGUUCGAGAACCACGACCAGCUUCGCCAGGCCGCCACCGAGUGCAUGUGCAACCUGGCGGUCAACAAAGAGGUGCAGGAGCGCUUCCUGGCCGACGGCAACGACCGGCUGAAGCUGAUGGUCCUGCUGUGCGGGGAGGACGACCCCAAGGUCCAGACCGCCGCCGCCGGGGCCCUGGCCAUGCUCACCGCCGCCCACAAGAAGCUCUGCCUCAAGAUGACCGAAGUGACGCCGCAGUGGCUGGAGAUCCUCCAGCGCCUCUGCCUUCACGCCCUCCUGCCCGUCCAACACCGCGGCCUGGUCGUCGCCUACAACCUGCUGGCGGCCGACGCGGAGCUGGCCCGGAAGCUGGUGGGCAGCGAGCUGCUGGAGAUCCUCACCGUGGUGGCCAAGCAGGAGCCCGACGCCAAGAGGGAGCCGGUCCUCCGGGCCGCCCGCGACUGCCUGGUCAAGUGCAUGGACUACGGCUUCAUCAAGCCCCUGUCCUGAACCCGGGCCCCGGCCGCCUUCUGGGGGGUCGCGGUGGGUCGUUUCCGAACGGCGGCCACCGAGGCCCCGGGAAGCCGAGCGAGCCGCCCGGAGCCACGCGGCCGACGGGUCGCGUGAGCCGGGCCAUUAAAGAACCCCGCCGGGAGCUCCCGGGCCGAC